AUGGAUGUCAUGAACGUUUUCGUCAACCCUAGUGACAGAACCUAUUAUGAGGAGAUGAUACAGACAGGGAUUUCUACAAUUGUUGUCAUCAAUUCCAUUGAUAGAGUACAAAAGACUCCGCUUUUCGCUGCAGCUGGUCUUCCCCAUAAUGAAAUAUCUGCUCAGAUAUGUAGCCAGCCUGGUUUGAAUGCAGAAGAGGACAAUUUUGCCAUUGUAUUUGUAGCUAUGGUUGUAAAUAUGCAGACUGCACAGUUUUUCACACGUGAUAUUGAGGAAAAUGGCUUUAUGAAGAGUGUGACGUUCUUUCUGGACCUGGCAAAUGACCCUACAAUUGAAUGUAUUAUCACUCCUCGUAUAGCUCUUACUACUGCUGAAUAUUUGGCUUUUGAAUCGGGAAGCAUGUUCUUGCCAUACUUACAGAUAUGA